GAAGUGGUCAUGUAUUAAAAUCACUGCGCCGGCCUUCAAUCUGUGGCCCAGUCACCUACCACUCACCUUUCGCAUACAGUACGAAACGACCCCUUGGUUCAUCGUGGAAACCAUGGCCAUAAUCGCCGACGAUGCGCCAAAUCUGGCCGGCAGUGUCAUCACGUUGACUAUACUCGCCCUUAUAACCUACGGAAUGCGGAUGUAUUGUAGAAUAAGCAGAAAGUCGUGGGGAGCGGAAGAUUGGAUCAUGACUGCGGCAUUGGUACCGUUCUGCGUACUCGUGGCGGGCUGCCUUGGGGGCGCAUUCAAUGGUAUCGGCAUUCAUAAUUGGCGGUUGCAACAGCCUGAGAACGUCAAGUAUCAGGCUGGGGGUCAAAAGUUCUUUCUCAUCUUCGAAGUUGGUUACUGCGCCGCCAUCAUUCCGAUCAAGCUCAGCAUCAGUUGGAUGCUGAUCCGAGUCGCCGAAGGACGCAAGAUGUAUGUUUACACUCAGUACGCCGUAAUCGCCUUGUUCACGAUCAUGAACGUAAUUGCGCUCAUUUUCAUUCUUGUCAACUGUAUACCGAUUGAGGCCGCCUGGGACACGAGCCUUCUUGAAAAAGGAGGACACUGCCAACCUGCUCACGUUUUGACGGAUGCCUACUACGCUACUACUGCUGUAAACAUUGCCACGGACUGGAUUACAGCCUUAAUGCCAAUUCCCUUGCUCUGGCACGUCAAGCUUAACCAUGCUGCUAAGGUAUCUAUCGUCGGACUGAUGAGUCUCGGUAUACUGGCGUCUGUCUCAGCAUGUGUCCGACUCAAAUACACCGUCAAUCUGACCAACCAAACCGAUUAUCUCUUCGCCGUAUCUAAUGUGGUCAUCUGGGGAUUUGCGGAGAACGCCGUCGGCAUGAUUGUCGGCAACGUCUCAACAUUACGUCCGCUAUUCCGCAGUCUGCUUGAUCACACUAUCCGAAAACCCGGGUACGGCAGCCGAUCCCGAGGCGGUCCUUCCAAACUCGCCUCCUCGUACGAGUUAUCUCAGAACGGAAAGAGCGGUAAUAACUUCACAACUACGCUGUCCGAGGUUCAAGACGGCCAUGGCACGAGAAGAAACAGCCAGUUAAGCGACGAUGACAGCAGGAAACUGAUUUUCCAGGGCCAUGAUACUCGUGACAUUCUCGUUAGCCGGCAGAUCAACAUAGCAUACGACUAACCGUCUCAAAAUGCACUUUACCUCUUAUCAUCAGAUAAUUCUCUCCUUCUCCUUCGCUACCAACUGGAUAACUUGAAGAAGAAGCUCGGUGUCUUUGUCGGAGCUGAGUGUAGCAUCUCUUCUCAUUCGAGGUGACAACUAGAUACACACAUAUAUAUUAGAGCCAAAUGGCGUUUUGUUAUACAUUUGGUCUCCUGUACUUAUCCGGACUGAGCUGGCAGCUUGAUCGUGCGUUGAUGGUCUGAUUUGCCAAUUCCUAUCAAUCCACCGCCCUUACACGGAUAUGGACCGAGGUAACUAUUCC